GUUAGCAACCCUGCACAUAGCAGGGGGGUUGAAAUUAGAUGAUCAUUGUGGUUAUUUUCAACUCAGGCCGGUCUAUGAUCGUAUGGCUCUAAGAGUAAUGGUAUCCAAAAAUAUAAUUUUGUGAUAUUGUGAACAUCCAUUUUCAGGCCCCAGAUUCAGGAAGCCACUCAAAUGCAUGUUUCCAAACUUGUGAUUGAUGUAACUUCAGCCAGUACCCGCAACCUUCCGAUGGCUUGGCUGUCACAACUCUCACAGGAAGAAGCGACACUAAGCUUUUUUGUGGACUGCUGAUCUCCCCUGGCACUGCCUGGCCUAUGGCUAUCAACCAGCCUGACUUAACUUUGCAGAGAAUCCCAGAUCCAGGUCAGCUUCGUGUUACUGUGUUCUAGAGUAAAUCUUUUUCGCAGUGGAGCCCACGACAGGAGACUACAAGCUAAACGCCAUCUCCGUUAGGACGAAGAUGCAGAUGGUGACGGGGCUACCGCGUCACCAAAGCACACGCGGAGGCUCCAUGCGAGGCCUUUGCAUUGCACCGAGCCCUGCGGCCGCGUCCGAGUUCAUCUUCGCGUCUUAAGCCUCAUUCCCCACAGCCGCCCUCCGCGCGGCGGCCUGCCGGCGCCCUGGCUGUGAGCGACACAGCCGCCCCCAGACAACGAACGUGCCCCUCGUGAACGGGCCGCACCGCCCCUCUCACCGCAGGGCUGUCCCCGACCCGGACCGCGCCGAGGGAGGCGGCGACCCCGGCCCCUCGCAACACCACCGGCUGGUACCGCCCCCGAGUGCCAUUGGCCCGCACCAGUCAGGCCCGGCCUCUGAUUGGCCGCGUCGCCCGUCCAUCAUCUCCCGGCCGCUUGCCCGCCGACGGAGCCCAUCCACGGGAGCCCUUCCGCGGUCCGUACCUGUGCGAGCUCGGGUCCAACCGCCGCCGCGACGAGCUCGUUGCGGGUCGGUGCGUGAGCCUCGCCGGACGGAGAGGGGCUAGGCGGCCCUAGGGGUGGGAAGAGGCGGUGAGGCCCCUACGGCGCGCAGGGAGACGCCGCCGCGCCUCCUGCCAGGCAGGUUUGACGUUCGCUGUUGUUGCUGGAAGUGGCGUCACCGCGGACGGACGCGCUGGAAGCGGAAGCUGCCGUUGUGCCGCGCGGCGGCAGAUUCGGGUGUCAGAAGCGGGCGGGCGGCUCCGGCCACGGAAAGCGUCGGGGACAAUAUUAUAUUAAAAUUACCUUGUAAUCUGAAAGAGCAGUGUUUGGAAGAAUGACAACAGGAGACCUAAAAGGAUGUUUAAGAAAAAUGGAACAAGGACUUCGCAUGUUAAAUUAUCCAAGAGAUGUGGAUUAUACAGUGUUAGUGAAGGGUGAUCCAGCUGCAUUUUUACCCAUAAUUAGCUAUUCCUUUACGUCGUUCUCAACUUACAUAGCAGAACUUCUGGUGAAAUGUGAUGUGGAACUUACAGCAAAGAGUGACUUGCGCUUUAUUGAAGCUAUUUAUAAGCUUCUUCGAGAUCAAUUUCACUAUAAACCAAUCCUAACUAAAGAGCAGUUUCUUCAGUUUGGUUUUGCAGAAAGAAAAAUGCAGGUUGUUUGUGACAUUAUCAACUGCGUGGUGAAAAAACAUAAGGAAUUAAGUAGCCUGAAUAAGGUUAAAUCCCAAACAAGAAAGAAAUUCAGACCUUCAAAACGUGAAAUAUGGUCAAAUUGUGGUAGUGUUCUUAUUGAUCUCAGUGGCAGCACUCUGAAUUCCAAACAGCAGGCUCAAAAGGUGCCUCUUGUAGUACGACACACAGGAGAUGAAGUUAGGGAUGACCUUCCUCUUGGGCCUGUUAAUCCAACACCCCUUAAUCCACCAUCCCUUCCAGCAGAGGGCGGUAACGAAGAAGAAUUGUACUUAGAUGAUGAUGUUGUGGAAGAACAAGUCAUAGAGAACAAUUCUCAGAUGGAGUUCCUAAGGAGUCAACUUGCUGAUUGCCAGGAAAAGCUUCAUAAGCUAGACUGGAUGGAAGAUAAGUUACGUGUUUUGGAAGAGAGGCUGAAAGGGAAGGUGAUUAUAGAUGAGAAGGACUGGAAUAAUUUGUUGAGCAGAGUUUUGCUUCUUGAAACAGAACUGUUGCUGCAGUCCAAAAAGAGAGACUUAUCUGCAGAGGUCAACAGCGUAAGUCAUGAUGAGUCCAGUAUAAUUCCCAUCUCUCCUGAUACAGAAAAGAAGGAGGAGAUGACAGAGUGUCCUCGUCAGUCGUCUGGAUACAGUUCAUUAUUAUCCACAGACUCAUCUCCUAAAGGCAUGAUAAUUAAUUCUCAUGAUCUGACAGAGAUUUCAAAGGAGACAACAAGACAAAGAAUGGAAAGGAUAAGUAAAAUAAUUGAAGAAACCUCAGAAUUGUUGAAAACCUCAAGUAACACCUCUGAAAAGGCCUGAAAGAAUGGCUCUUCAGGCCGUUCUCUCUGAUGUAUGGAUAUAAAAAUUAAUAUGUAUGCUUGUACGACAUUAAAUUUUUAAUAUAUCAAA